AUACAAAUUAUGAGGGAAGGAAGCCUGUAGAAAUUUUAAGCGGAGAGCGCACAAGAAAUCGCGUUCCCGUGCUUUGUUAUAACCUUGUUUAUAUGUACACACAUACAUACACAAACUUUCCUCUUUACUCCAACUGAGAAGGAAAAACGCAUAUAGUGUUUUUACCACUUUGCUCAGAUAGAGCUGGUGGUGGUAAUCACAGUCGCUGCAAAUUGUUAUCAGAAUUGAUCGAGUUUAGGUUUUUUUUUUUUUUUUUUUUAAAUUCUUCGUUUUAGGUGUUCGACGAGGUUUCUUCAAUGGAGACGUUGAGUUUUCAUGACGGCAACAUUUUCGAUUUGGUUGAUAGCAGACAUACAGAUGCUCGCUGCGAUCACAGAUUGCAAAUGCACUCUUCGCUCGUGCGGAGGCUGAGACUGGAGAGAGAAUUAGAGGGGGAAUCUUCGUGUAUGCUUCUUCCUCUAAGUUUCGAUGGAGGUCAUUUUUCACAUCAAACUAUUGGCCAUCAAGGCUGUGUCAAUGCAAUGGCCUGGAAUUCAAAAGGUUCACUUCUGAUAUCUGGAUCAGAUGACACUCAGAUUAAUAUCUGGAGCUAUUCUGGUCGGAAGCUUUUGCAUUCUAUAGAUACAGGACAUUCUGCAAACAUAUUUUGUACCAAGUUUAUCCCUGAAACUUCUGAUGAGUUAGUAGUAUCUGGAGCUGGGGAUGCGGAAGUGCGGUUGUUUAAUUUAUCCCACUUAAGUUGGAGAGGACAUGAUGAUAAUGCUAUAGCUCCUUCCGGGUUGUAUCAAUGUCACACCAGACGAGUAAAAAAAUUAGCUGUUGAGGUCGGUAACCCCAAUGUGGUCUGGAGUGCAAGUGAAGAUGGGACUUUAAGACAGCAUGAUUUUAGGGAGAGCACUUCUUGCCCUCCUGCAGGAUCUUCUCGCCAGGAAUGCCGUAAUGUUCUACUCGAUUUUCGGUCGGGAGCAAAAAGGUCACUUGCUGAUCCCCCAAGGCAUCUUCUUGCACUAAAAUCUUGUGAUAUCAGUUCUACUCGGCCUCAUUUGCUCCUAGUUGGUGGGAGUGAUGCAUUUGCUCGCCUAUAUGAUCGAAGAAUGUUGCCGCCGCUGACCUCUUGCCAGAAAAGGACAUCUCCACCUCCAUGUGUUAACUAUUUCUGCCCGAUGCAUCUUUCAGAACGUGGGAGUUCAGGCUUGCACCUAACUCAUGUUACUUUUAGUCCUAAUAGUGAAGAAGUGCUGCUUAGUUAUGGCGCAGAGCAUGCAUACCUUAUGGAUGUUAACCACGAUGGUACCGGUGCCAUGCAAUAUACUCUUGGAGAUGUUUCGAAACUUAUGAGUUUCUCUCCUGUACUCAGUGGUGUGGAAUGUCAAUCACCAGCUUCUAGUGUAUAUCAAAAUGUUCUUCACAGGUCAACUGAUGAUGUUAUGCUUGAGAAGUGCAGGGUGUUGGUUGAAAUUGCUAAGAGGUCCUUAGAGGAGGGGAUAGAUUUAUUCCAUGCAAUUGAGGCAUGCAACGAAGUCUUGGAUGGGCAUGGUGGUAACAUUGGGUCUGGAUUAAGGCAUGAAUCUCUUUGUACACGUGCUGCCUUAUUGCUUAAGAGGAAAUGGAAAAAUGAUGCCCAUAUGGCUAUACGAGACUGCUACAAUGCACGGAGAAUUGAUAGUUCUUCCUUUAGAGCUCAUUACUACAUGUCUGAAGCAUUAGAGCAGUUGGGCAGAAGUAAAGAAGCUCUAGAGUUUGCAGUUGCAGCACAACUUUUGGCACCUUCCAAUUCUGAUGCAGCAGAGAAGGUUGCAAGGAUAAAAAGCAAUCUUGCAGCAGCUGAAUCUGAAAAGAGCAAUAAGGCAAAUGAUGGGGCAGCAAGGUUUGAGCAUCGAAUUGGAACAGUAUUAUCAUUAAGUGAUAUACUCUUUCAGUCAGAGGCUAAUAGCGAUGCUUCACAUGAUGGACUGAGAUCCGAAAUAGAAGAUUCUGAUUAUGAUGAGGAAGUGGAGUUGGAUUUUGAACCUUCAGUAUCAGGUGAUGAAGGGCAUGAUGUUGAAUCCAACAUACUGCGUGCCAGCUUAAAUCUCCGAAUUCACCGAAAGGGUGGCUCAGCUAGAGAAUUGGGUGGCACUAAUGGCUCAUGUGGAACAGUGCCUUCAUCAUCUCAAAAGAAAAUUUCAUCUUAUCAGCCUGAGGCAGCUAUUGAUAUGAAGCAAAGAUAUGUUGGCCAUUGUAAUGUUGGAACUGAUAUUAAACAGGCCAGUUUUCUUGGUUGGGGAGGUGAAUAUGUUGCCAGUGGGAGUGAUGAUGGUAGGUGGUUUAUAUGGGAAAAGAAGACUGGUAGGCUGAUAAAAAUGCUUCUUGGAGAUGAAGCUGUUGUCAACUGCGUGCAAUGUCAUCCAUAUGACUGUGUUGUGGCAACUAGUGGGAUUGAUAACACUAUAAAGAUAUGGACUCCAAGUGCUCCAGUUCCAUCACUUGUUGCUGGUGGAGCAGCUGGACCUGAUGCCAAUGCAUUGGAAGCAAUGGAAGCCAAUCAACGUAAACUAUGCCGUAAUCGUGAGGCUAUCUUGCCUUUUGAACUUCUGGAGCAAUAUCGGAUGCGUGAUUUUUCUGAAGGAACUUCUUUUUUUGGUAGGUUUUCUGAAGGAACUUUGCAUCCAUUUGAGUGUACACAGAGCUAGAUUGCUUCUUACCUCCUAAAGAUACAUACAGAAGGUUUGUUACAGAUGUUCAACAAUCAGCUUUUGGCAGUAGAAAAUUAGAUGAUCAUUUAAAGCUUGUUGUGCCUCGCAACAAUAAGGUAAUGAUUGAAUAAAGUACGGGCACCUGUAGAGCUGCUUAAGUAGUAUGCAAUCAUUUGUUAUUUUAGUUUUCAAAGGUUUGUCCAUCCUUCACCCAUCUUAGGGGAUUUUUAUUGUCAAUAUGUUGUUAAAUAUAUUUCUGUACAGUUAAUCGCGUGAAUGUAAAUAUUUUCUUGACUUCAUCUGGCAGCAUUGAUGAGAGUUUGUAUAAAUUUCCAAUGCAGAGUUUUCUUUAAACU